AUUAAAAAAUUGUUUUUUUUUAUAAUAUUAAAUACCAUAAUAUAAUUUAAAAUAUUCUUGUAAGCGAACUUAUGUGUUAAAUACAUUUUUUAAAGAUCAAAUUUGUCAAAAUAUUAUAGGAUAUUUAUGUUCGCGCCAAGUGUGAGAGCUGCACUGGUUGGGUGUGGUCAGCUGGUAGUGAUUGUGCGCUAUCAGCUGUUAGGACGCCUUAUCAGCGGCCCGUGUUGUUCGGUCGUUUUUUAUUCAAAAUGUAGUGUAUGUACCUGUUGUAAAAUUAUACAGUGUUAGGUUAAAUUGGCUUGUUAGUUAAGUGUUAUUUUUUUUUUGUAUUAUUGUAAGAUAAAAAAAUACGUUGUUCAAGUUUUAUGUCAAAAUACAUUAUCCAUAUUAUUUUCUAAAGGCAUACAGUUGUUUUCAUUUUUUUUUCUUUUACAUUGGCUGAUACAUUAUUACAAUAAAACUUCGGGUAUUGUAUUACUACUAUAUAUUCAUUUUAUUCAUAUGGAGCAUAACUAAAUAAGAAGUAAAAAAUUCUAAGACUAUGUUUGAAAAUCUUUACAAUGCUAUGAUGUUUAUAAGCUACAUAGACGUAAAAUUUUUGUUUAAUGGAAGCAUCGUAACCAAUCCUAUAAUUGAAGAAAUCGAUUUUUUUCAACAAUAUGUCUUACAACAAAUAUUAGAGACUAGUCCUUUUGAUCUCAAUAGCUUACCAAAUCUUAAAGAGUCAAAGAAGAAAUUUAAGAAUUUGAAUGAAUUUUAUUCAGAAGCAUCAGAAAAAGUAAACAAACUCUUAAAAAAUAGUAAUAUCAUCGACACUUCUAUAAAUAUCAAUUCGACAACAAUUCAAAUUAAAGAAUGCUAUAAUGAAAACGACUCUUACUUAGUGUAUUUAACAUGUAGUAAACUUAAUUCAUUUUACGAUGAAACUAUAGAAAUUUGGUACAGAAAGCUUGGCUUUGAACAAUUUCUUAACCCUAAUACACCUGAACUCAUGCCUCCAAUAGAUUCAUCACUAGUUCAAAAUGAUGGAAUGCAAGCUCUCAAUAUUCUUCGUCAGGAAACUGGUUGGAAAAAAAUGGAUCACAUAUAUAUAAUUUAUAAUGGUAAACAACUCAACGUAGAUUUUAUAUUAAAAGGUGAAAUUAAUCACAUGAAUUUUCGAAUAAAAAAGGAGCAUGUAACACAAUUGUUAAGAUGUAGAUAUACAGAAAUAAUGAAAAACUAUUGCGUUCUGUUAUCUAGUAUAUUGCAUAUAUGCAAUACAGUUGCAUAUGAUUUCUACUACAAAUGUUUGAUUGAAUUAUUUAAGUCAUUCAACAAAUCUAAGUUAAUGGUUGAAGGAUUAUAUAAAUCAUUAAUUACUCUAAAUAAAUCAUCAAUAUGGAGUGUUAGCUACAGCUCUUAUUCAAUCUUACAGAAAAUAUUAAAAUGGGUUGCAGACAUUAUCAAUUUAUUAAAUAACAAUGAGUUUUCUCAAGUUUAUAAUGACGACCUACUUGAUAUAAAAAAAAUAGAACUAGUUAAAAGACUAUUAAUAGUUUUUUUAAAGUUUCGUGAUGCCCUUCGUAUUGAGUUAUAUAGUGAUUUGGGAUACAUGAAAUCCCGUUGUUUAAUGAAAAAAUCUUUUUAUGAAAUGUUUCAACUAAUAUAUGAUUUUAAGAGUUCAGUAAGUUCAAUAGAAAUUUCAAAUUUUCAAUGGCCAAUCCAAGUUUAUCAUAAAGCGUGUAAAUUUUUUAACACUUUUUGUGAAAAUGUUUACAAAUCAUGUUAUGAAGAUUUGGGUUUCAAAAAAGUUGACUGUCACAACAAAAGCUUAGAUGUAAAACUUCAUAAAUUUACUGUGAAAUAGAUGGUUUAUUUAUCUACUUAUUCUUCACUACAUAGUAAACACUAAGUAUCGAAGAAUUGAAUGUAAAAGUAGAUAUCUUCAAUAAAUUUCUAUCAUCGACAAUAAAAAGUCUGAAAUUGGUCAUAUCAUUAUAGAACUAUGUGUAUUAUAUCUCAUAUUAUUAUAUAAUAAUUAUUAAUAAUUUUAUCACAAUUAUCAUAUAUCUUGUCUAUUGUAUAAAUUUAAUUAAAACAACAUAGUAAAAAAAAUACUUCACU